AUGUCCUAUUUUUUCCACUUUCCUCGUAAGGAAUGUGUGCGCAUGGGAGAGAGCACGCAGGCGCAUAGCGCGCUAGCGACUAACGGGCUGGCGCCAAACGCGCUGGUGCUUGCUGCGCUGGCGCCUAGAGUGCUGGCGCCUAGCGUGCUGGCGCCUAAUGCGCAGGCGCCUAGAGCGCUGGCGCCUAACGCGCUGGCGCUUGCUGCGCUGGCGCCUAACGCGUUGGCGCUUGCUGCGCUGGCGCCUAACGCGCUGGCGAUUGCUGCGCUGGCGCCUAACGCGCUGGCGCCAAACGCGCUGGCGCCAAACGCGCUGGCGCCUAGCGCGCUGGCGCCUAGCACGCAGGCGCCUAGAGCGCUGGCGCCUAACGCGCUAGCUCCUAGCGCGCUGGCGCUUGCUGCGCUGGCGCCUAACGCAAUGGCGCCAAACCGCACUGGCGCAUAG